UGCACGGACCCCGACUCUUAACCCGGUUUUAAUGAGCGCAACCUUGGAAGUGCCUUUGUAACGCCUCUGUUUGGCAGUCCGGCCCCCCUCAGAGCCGGGGCAUGCCGGGGAGGGUGUAAAAGGACUGUGGCUCGUUCCAGUUAGGCCUUAGACCUACAGGAGCGCACACACAAGACACACAAGUGUUGUUCCUCCCUAACCUGUUUGCCUUUUAAAGAAUCCUGCCAAAAUGUUGUCGCGGACACUUGUUGUUUCCUUGCUUUUUGCUGUAGCUGGUGUUGUUUUAUCUGCACCAGUGAAAGAUGGACAAGACUCAGAUGAACCAGGCAGUGAGACCGCAUCAAGCUCAGAGACCACCGAGGAUACAUCAGAGUCCACCUCAAAAGAUGAAGACGAUGAUACUGACACCACAUCUGAGGAGGAUACAUCAGAGUCCCUCUCAAAAGUAAAAAAACGUGAUGGUCUGACCCCUAGAAGUCCAGCCCAAAAAGACUCAGGAAUCACAGAUGGGAAAGACUCAGCUGAGGACGUUACAGGUGCAGACUCAGCUGACACCACAAAUCAGCCAGACAAGAGCUCAGAAGAGGAGUCAGACGCUGGGGACAAAGACCAAAAGGCCAAAGACAAAGACGCUGAAAUGAAGGGCGAAGACAAAAAAGCCCAAGACAAAGACGCCAAAGCCAAGAGCUCCGGCAGCCAGGAGGCAGGGGCCUCCACCAAAGAAGAUGGAGACGAAGACGACAUUAAGAGCAGCCAGGAGAUGCACGACAGCGCCAGCCAAGACUCCGAGUACGCCACCAAGGAGGAGAGUGAGGAGGAGAAGAGCGCUGAGUCAUCGGACGAUAAAGAGAGCAAGAACGCCAGCAAGAAAGACAAAGCCAGCAUGGAGGACAAAUCAGAAGAGGAUGCAGACAAAGUUGACUAGAGGAUACAUCAGAGUCCAUCUCAAAAGAGGAAAGCAUGGAGAAGAGCACUGAGGCAGAUUCCACAAGUAAGGACUGACUGGAAGUUUUAACACCUCCUGUAAUUCAGCAUGGCAACAUCGUGGACAUGAUGUCUGUCAGGGUUUUUGGACUGCUAUACCCUUCAUGACCCUGUGGGGUCCUCAGUGUUCCUGUUUUGUCUUUCACAUGUGUGUUGGCUUUAUUGUUUCAUUGAGUUCACCUGUGCCUUGUUUGUUACCCUUUAUAAGCCACCUGAUUUUCUGUGUGUUUGCAGAGUCUUGAAACUGACACCCUACGGUUAGGUUGAGUAAGUUGCGCUGAGAAUCGCUGCCUUUGAUGCUAACUGUGUGGAAACUUCUGCCUGACUCAAGUAAAGAAACCUUUUUUGAUUGCACCCAA